AAACUAAAGCGGUUAUCAUUUGCAUUUGUUUGUCAUUCUGUUCAUUUCAAGCAAUCAAUUUCUAAAAGUCAUUAUCAUGGCUCGUACCAAACAAACUGCACGUAAAUCGACUGGUGGCAAAGCUCCACGUAAACAAUUGGCCACAAAAGCUGCCCGAAAAUCGGCUCCAGCUACUGGUGGUGUUAAAAAACCACAUCGUUAUCGUCCGGGUACCGUCGCUCUUCGUGAGAUUCGUCGUUACCAGAAAUCAACUGAAUUGUUGAUCCGUAAAUUGCCAUUCCAACGAUUAGUCCGUGAAAUUGCACAAGAUUUCAAAACCGAUCUUCGUUUCCAAUCUUCAGCUGUAAUGGCAUUGCAAGAAGCUUCGGAGGCUUAUCUCGUUGGUUUAUUCGAAGACACAAACUUGUGUGCUAUCCAUGCAAAACGUGUAACUAUUAUGCCUAAAGAUAUCCAAUUGGCUCGACGAAUUCGUGGCGAACGGGCUUAAAUUCAUCACUUUUCAUUUUAUUCUAAUCCAUCAUUCAUAUACAAACGGUCCUUUUUAGGACCACAUUUUUAUCCAAUUGAGAUUCGAGUUUUUUUUAAUCUUUAUUUAUCAUUUUGUCAUUUGAAUAAUAAAAUAAAAUCAUUUAAAUUUCUUAA